CAUGACUUUGCAAUGGCUGUAGGGUUGCACAGCUCAAUAUGACUCAUUGAGCUGGAAGGCCAUCUCCACUGUAGAGGAUGGUGUCUUCAUCGCCCUAGAAGCGAUAUAGCUCCAUGCUCAUGUGAUUGUAAUGAAAAAGGCCUUCGUCCGUGCAAGAUAGCCUAUCCUGCUUCGGGCCGGACUUGCUUGAGAAUAUUCGCACUCCUCUAUUCAUUGUACAAGCUAUUAUCAAUUAUUUCACGAUGGAGCUCGAGCCGCAUCUCACCCAACUCUUCAUCAACAACAAAUUUGUGAACUGCCGUAGCAAGAAAACUGUAUCAGUAUUCAACCCUGCCAAUGGCGAGCUCGUUAGCGACCAAAUCCCCGUUGCUGGUAACGAGGAUGUCGAUGAAGCUGUCGAAUUCGCAAACCAGGCUUUCGCGGCUAAUUCGCCAUGGCGCAAGAUGACCAAUGUCGAGCGGCAGAAGCUUCUCCUCAAGUUCGCAGACAUAUUGGAGGCGAACCAAGAACGUCUUGCGUACCUGACGCGGCUGACUUUGGGUGCACCAUAUCUGCCCUUUGGAAAAUCUGAGAUAGAUACAGCCAUUGGCUGUUUCCGAUAUUACGCCGGUUGGGUGGACAAACAUGCCGGCCAGAGCUUUCCCGCCGAUGAUGGCUUCUACAAGAUUGUUCGCAACGAGCCAUUGGGCGUAGUGGCAGGCAUCAUUCCCUGGAACGGGCCGCUGGCAUCUGUCGGGUUGAAGGCAGCCCCGGCAUUGGCAACUGGGAAUGUCUUCAUCCUGAAGCCAAGCGAGAAAACGCCACUGAUGGCAGCCGAGCUCGGUAAACUCGUCAUCGAAGCAGGGUUUCCUCCUGGCGUCUUCCAGGUCCUGACGGGAGACGGAACCACAGGUGCUGCCCUUGCCGCCCACAUGCGCGUCGCCAAAGUCAGCUUUACGGGAAGCAUUGCCACGGGGAAAGCGGUGCAAGUGCUAGCGGCAAAGAGUAAUCUCAAACGUGUGACGCUGGAGCUAGGAGGGAAAAGUCCCGCUGUGGUGUUCGACGACGCAAAUCUGAAGAAUGCAAUUGAUUGGACUGUGAAUGGUCUUCUCACCAACAGCGGGCAAAUAUGUUUCGCGGCAUCGAAGGUAUACGUUCAGUCGGGCAUUUACGACAAAUUCAUUGAGGCGUAUGCCAACGCCUUCAAAGCCAAGAAGAGUGUAAUUGGAGAUCCCGAAACAAAGGGCAUUGAGUUAGGGCCUGUCGUGGACAAGGCUCAAUAUGAUCGCAUCAUGAACAUCAUCUCCACUGCCCAAAACGACAAGGAGGGGACAUUGCUGUGUGGUGGAAACGCCAUGGGAUCCAAGGGCUACUACAUUGAACCCGCGAUAUUCACCGACACGAGAGAGGAUGCUACCAUCUACAAGGAUGAGAUAUUUGGACCCGUGGUCGUCAUCAACAAAUUCGACAGCGAAGAGGAAAUCAUCCGUCUUUCCAAUGACAGUAAAUAUGGACUGAUGGCGGGUGUCUUCACGCAGGACAUCAGUCGUGCGCUGCGGUUGAGCUCGGCCAUCGACUCGGGCGUUGUUGGGAUCAACUGUAUCAGCACAAUCACCUUCUCGUGUCCAUUUGGGGGGACUAAGGAAAGUGGGCUAGGGAGAGAGAACGGGGAGCAUGCCCUGCGCGCAUACACCGAACCUAAGACGGUCUUGAUCAAUAUGAACUACUAAGGGUGGAUGGCGUCGCUGCUCAUUGUACUCUUACUAGAUCGUCAGAGUGCGACCUUUAGAAACUACGUAAAGUGAGCAACAACUAGCCGUCUUCACGGUGAUUUUAUGUGCGAACGAGCCGCCUCCCUGUACCCACACUCAGCCCCAUCUGCCGUAGCUCCAUCACUAUUCAUGGGUCGGUUAAGUACGACGAUAUGUAUACAUGGUAAUUCCGUAAGGAGCAUUGAUAAGAUUUUCAGACCCUCUACUUUGAUAGAGUGCUUUCAGAGGAGAGAUUAAACGACGUUCGAGCUUUACCGCAGUCUAAAUAUGCUACAUUAUUCGUAACAAGAAUGUUAGACCUCACUUCGGUGAGCGUAAGACAGACCUGAG